AUGCACCGGCGCGCGACAGCCCACGGGUUUCAACAGGCACUGAUUCCUUUCUCAGUCGCGCACUCUUCGCCGCCAGCAGCCCACUGCUCGUCUGCCUGCGAGAGCGGGGCCGUUGGCGAUGAGGCGUUCCAUGCAGAACCUCUGUACCUGUCUCUUCAGCAAGGCGAGCGGGUGCGCGUGCUGCAGCGAGAGUGUCACCACGGCACGGGUCCACAUGGUGCCUCCUCGCACACGCUAGUAUCUGCCGCUGGUGGGGCGGCUCUAUCACAGCCGCAGUGGUGUAUCGCAGAACGCGAAGAUGGUGCUAUCGGUCUUGUCCCAGGUUCCCUGCUACAGCGCGUCCCUGGCGCGCUUUUUUUUGCGCGUCAGGGCGUCGCAGCAGUCACAGCACACCGUGGUGGUUCACCAGAUCCCCCCUCGUUGAAACCCUCCACCGCCACUCGCCGUGGGCACCACCGUACUGUUGAGGCGAGCGGGAGAGCACCAUCGCGCGGAUUUGAAGUGGUCAGAACCACACAAACUCCGAGCGCCAGCAGUGGCUCGCCGGAGAACGACGUCUCGGAGAAGGAUGACAAGGUUGGUUACGAGAGCACCGAUGUUGUCGACGCGCUCCAACUGCAGCGACGACGGCAGUCAAGUCUGCAUGGGCGCCUAAAUGCCGUUUGUGCGACCCCACCCACGGCAAUGUUGACACACAAAGAGCCACAGACCACUACUUCUACCACCUCAUUACCAACAGCGGCUCGUGGCACAGAGACCGCUAGUGACAGCGAUUGCUCUGAGGAGGACGAGCAGCUUCAUCUCAUGAAGGAGGAGGCACGUGUGCGUGCAGAGUUGCGCUGGCUGAUGGACGUCGUUCUGCCACGCCUGCAAGCAGCAUGCACGAAAGCGCAGGCCAGGCUGGAAAAGCUGCGACAGGAUGAGCGCUGCGCAAACGUAGUCGCCUCCACCUCUUCCUUUAGCAGCUCAGUGGACCCGCCGAAUCCGCUCGCAGCCCUCGAUCGUGAACAUGAGGAUGUCGCAGGGCUUCUAGAGAGAGUUGAAGCGCUCCAAGCUGAACUGGCGCGCGAAGCGUCGGCGGGCGCCGUGAGCGAGCCGCAGAGAUCGCAAUCCCUCAGCGGAAACGUGCUCACCGUCAGCAGCCACAAGUGCGAAUCAGGCGAUUCCAGCGCACCCGCUGUGUUCCGCUCACUUGACUUCGACGCAGCUCCCCCGCGGCCUCUGAAGGCGUUGCAUCGCUGCCGCGACGACGUGACUGCUAAUGCUCCCAGGGCCCCAGACUCGCAUAUAGUGGAAAAGUUGCGUCUCCUUGUGAUAGAGGAAAUGGAAACGGUGGGCUCGUACCGAUCACAAAAACUAGCGCUGCAGCAGCGCCUGUCUCGGCUGGCUGAGCUGAUGCAGGAAGUUGCCUCAGAGGAGGCAUCACUGAAGGAAUCGGAGACGGCACUGCAUCGGUUGCUGGAGGAAGGGACAAGCGAGUUCGCGGUCGAUUUUGCCUGGCCACGCACCCUGCAAGGGCUAACAGAUGAAGAGGAAGUAGUUCUGAGCUCGUCGGUUCAUAUCCUUGACAAGUACACGCGCAAGCUGCAGCUCACCGCUGACGACGGCCAAGGUAGCACCUCCACAAAUCUCAUGAGCAGUAGUGUGGAUGCGAGUCCGUUGGCCAACGCAUCCAUCGCCUCCCUAGACACGGCAACCUGUGCGGCAACGCCCGAUCGUCAAACGCACUCGAAUAGUCGCGCUGCCAUCUCCGAGGGAAGCAGCACUGUCACGACACCAACCCCGUCACGCGUGGACCACCUACGCCAGGUGAUGGAGAGGGGCGGCCGUGAGCUUGCGCAGCUGCAGACAAAGCUGAAAGCGGCGCAGCGGUUCUGCGACACGUACGGCCCAAUCGCACAGGAAAUCGAUGAGCAGCUGCGACGUGGUGAGCACAUAUUGGCCGAGAAGAAGAAAUACCUGGCAGCUUUGCAAGCGGCCGAGAGUGGGGAAGCCUUGAGGAACGUCUGCUGA